AUGGCCGCUGUUUCCAGAGGGACUUGCUGUCGAUGCUGCCCCUGCCAUUGGUGCAGCGCCUUGUGCGAUCGCGUGGUAUUACGAUGGCUGCCUAUGCUUGGUGUGCGGUUGUCUGAACCCGUGCCAAUGGGUGCCAUGAUUCAGGUGAGGAGACUUCGUUUGCCUCUGGCCAUUUGUGUAGUGAGUCUGGUGGCAGCAGGAGCUUUGCAGAUUUGGUGUUUGAUCGAAGGCUGUCUACUGCUGCUGAAUGGUCUUCCUGGAGACUGCGAGGCAGCGCGUCAGUGGCUGGUGGCCUAUUGUGUGAGCCUAGCUAUGGUGCCUUUCGCCAACAUAGUUGCAAUUGCUGCACAAGUGUGGUGGGUCACUGGGGGCAGCGUCAAUGUGGUGUCCAACCACUGCAGAGAAGUUGCGCCGUAUCUGAUUGGUUUCAUCCGAGAUGUGCAGCUCCGUGGCCUCUGGACGUUGCUUCUGCUGGUGAUCUUCUCAUUUUCCUUGGUCAUUGUGAGGAAGUUGCAGAUGUCUUUGCGUGAGGUGUGGGCCUCCGGCGCACCUACGCUGAGAAGCGUAAUCAACGCUGUAAUGCAGGCUCCAGCUGUGGAAGUUCCGGCAGAUACCGAGUGUGCGAUUUGUUUGGAGUCAAACGAAGGAAUCUGGAAGGCCUUGCCUUGCGAUCAUUCCUUCCAUCAGGAUUGCUUACUCCGUUGGCUCCAUUGUGGCCGCCGCUGCCCGCUGUGCCGACUGGAUUUGCACAGAGCAUUUUUGGAGACGGAGACCGCAGGCAGUACCGGAGAAGCACCACAAGUUUCUGCACAAAUGAUCUGA